AUGGCCGCCGUGGCUGCUAGGAAUGAAGCGUCGACGCCGACCAGGGGACCCCUCACAUUCCUUGACCUGCCUCUCGAGACGCAGCGGGAGAUCAUUUCUCAUUGCUCGCAAAAUGAUCUGAUCUGCGUCGCCCUCGUAUCCAGUCACUUCCGCGAGCUCGCCAGCGCCCGCAUAUACCGAGACUUCCACAUUGUCUUCACCGACGAUGAUGAUGAGUCCUUUGAUUCGCCCAUCGAUGGGCUGGCUAGUGGUCUCGAUACCCUGACCACCAGCGAAUACAAUUACGCCAAGCACCUCAGGGAUAUUUCCCUGGAUACCCUGACUGCCGGCAGGAAAGGCGAGAACUCCUACCGGCCUUACCUGUACUCUAAUAGCUGCGGCAAGUUCCUCAAUACGCUGCUCUUACUGGCUUUGAAAAGGGCCACGUCGCUCGAGGCCUUUCGCUGGAACAUCCGCGUCGAGUUGACCAGGCAGGUGUACAGAGAGCUCCACCGUAUGCCUUCGUUAAAGAGGUUGCAGAUUCGCAUGCAGGCUGGCGAAUCCUAUUAUGUUCCACCGCCCCCGCUGCCCACCGCCCAUGCCCUUCCGGUCGACAACCCUCUGGAAGCGCCGCCUUGGGGUCAUCCUAUCCCGCCCUUGCCUACUAUCCCGUCGACCGUGCCGCUACCACUAACCGACGGCCCGUCGCCUCUCACCGGUGGGCCUACCGUCGCUUCGUCUCAGCCCAAGUCGCUUCCCAGGAGCAGAACAUCCAAGCAUAGUUCACAUGUCAAAGAACCGCCCACCUUUUCAGGGUUCCGCAACCUCAAGAGCCUUUCUGUCCUCGACAUCGACGAGCUCGGCAUCGUCCCCGAGCUUAAGGAUUGCAUAGCGAACUCGUCGGCGUCGCUCACCGAGCUGGAACUGUCCCUCUCGGUCCAUCUAGCCUCCAAGUCACGAAGGCCGGCUCCGGAACCAGACAUUGAUGACUUUGACGUCGACGAUGACCUCCAGCUUACGCCGUCCCACAGCAUGGCCAACGACACGAGUGGUCCGGUCAAAGCUUUCCACGCCAACGAGGAGAGGAAGGUGCAUGAAGCCCUGCUUGGACGCUUGUUCGGUGUUGAGUUUCCCAGUAAUUCUUUACCAAAGGUGGACGAGAAAACUGCCGACGAGCCCUCUCCCAAAGAAGAUGCUUCUGAGAAUGAGGGGGCCAAGGAAAACAAUGAUCCACACCAGGAGUUUGUCACAUCCCUACGCUCCGUGUCUGAGCAACUCAUGACGGUUGUGCACGGGACGUACACCCGCUCAGAUUCUCACCAAGAGAUCCUGGAGAUGAUCGAGAAAGCUGCCCGGAAAUACGUCAGCUUGACAACAACAAAUCAACAGGGUAAUGGCGAUAGCAGCAAGUCGAAUCAGGAUGCGGACACGGAUGGCCGAUCCGCAAAUGAACGGCCCCAGCCCAGCCAGGAACUUGACCAGAAUGCUUCCACAGCUGCAGAAACCCCCUCGCCUACCAACAAUAUCAAGGGCAAGGGGUCCGAUGAAAAUGAAAAGGCACUCGAGGAAAUUGAUAUGGAGCACCCGGAAGACCCAGAAGAUGGCAAUAAUGAUUUUCUGGACGGUACGAAGGCGGAUGUCGGAUCGUCUCAAGCCUCUUCUGGACCCGAUGGCGCAGUCACGUUGGCGACGGAAAGCGGCGAUUCAAUGCCACCCGUGGAGAUCAGCAUGCUCCCAGUCCAAGAAGCAUGCGGUGAAGAGGCCCGUCUUAUGAAGGAGGCCCAGUGCUUGCAGAGCAAUAUAGACGGCCUCAAAUGCCGCAUGCUUGUUUUGCGCAGCAAGGGUGUGCCAGAUCAGGUCGCCGACAUUGAUGCGUUGGAGGGUAAGAUCAAGGUGCUUGACAGUAUGAUACUUGAUCUAAACAGCCAGUUAAGGAAAUUGCGCGAUCUGAGAAAUCCGGAUGGCUCAGCUUCGACGGCGGAUGGCAAGGGCCGUCAGAAGCAAAGCGCGUUUGAUUAUCUCCGACAGACUCGGGGGUUCCCUCUGGAGACCCUGAGUAUACACCUGAUACCCGUCAAGGCAUCCGUACUUUCCCGUGCAAUCGACCUGAGCUGUCUCAAAAGUCUGACGCUCCUCAACGUCGGGAACCAGGCUCCCAUCUGGACGCUCCUUACCAAGGAGAACAAGACGCAGCCGCUGGCCCUACGAAGCGUCUUUACCGAUAAUGUCUCGGAUUCUCUCCUCCUCUUUCUGUCGCAACUUGAGGAACUGCAUGAGCUAUUCAUGCUCGAGCGCAGUUCCAAGAGCAAGCCUGAGUCGACCGCACCGCGAACCACCAACACUAUCGACCAGAUUCGAAGAACGGUCCUAAACAAGCACAUGGGUCACUUGAAGCGGCUCAUGAUCCGGAAUGAGUCAUCGACAUCGAAUUGGGACGUCAAUGAGAAGGCCAUGGUCCACAUAUGCACGCACGGAAAGGAGCUAGAGGAGCUUGCCGUGGGCCUAAACAUUCAAGCAGUGCAUGCCUUUAUGCAGUACAUUUCCGGAGCAGCCAAGCUCCGAGCCCUCCACAUCCUGCGUUUCAGGAACAACGACACAUGCGUUUGGGUUCGGCGCGAGAUCCGGCGCUUCAUCGUGGAUAACCUGUCUCAUCACCCAGAGAGUAAACUCGAGUGGAUCGCAACCCAGGAUGAGCGUGUCGACCGCGUGGUGCGCGCAUCUCCCGUCGAUGAAAAGCUGCAGCGUGAGAGCACGGAGAAGCAGAUACUCAGGAACAAUAAGGCGGCACUUGAGACGGCAAGCCUCGGCAGCUUCAUACCUCACAGCUCAACGUAUCCGAUGCUCCCGUCCAUCCCGCUUGAAUCUGAUAGCGACAGCGACAGCGAUAAUGAUAGCGAUGACGGCAGCGAUGGUCCGAGGCUGCGGUUCAAAACAGUGGGCCCCAUGCGGUUCUACGACGUGUGGGGCAUCAAGAUUUUCGAGAAGGAAAUCCGCAGUGGCUGUCUUUAA